CGCUUAGCGAAGAAAUUUUGUAGUUCUUGUAAUGGCCACUAGCGUUGCACUCUAUGUUCUUUUGAUGGCGAGGGACGCUGGAGGCCGGGAGGGAUAUCUGUCUGUCUUUGUCCCAUGCACGGUAAACUCGACAUAUCCCCUCGGCCAUGGUGGAAGUAUACAAGGUGAACCAUUGCGCAUGAAAAGAGGGGGUAGCCUUCCUUCCGGCCAAUAAGCGGCGUGCUUUUUGUGUGGCGGCAGUUUGAACGGUCAAACAAAUCAUAACCCAACCUAAUCUAUAAGCAAAAAAGCACGGCUCUUAUUGGAUGGAUCGUCCCCACUACUUUUAGGCUACUGCGCAUCCACGGGAAUGGUUCACCUUGUAUAUUCCACCAUGCCCUCGGCCUUUGGCAACACUGACUGCGCAAUCCCACGUUCCGCGAUCGGCGCCGCCGGCGCGGGGAGGAGGAGGAGGAGGAGGACGUCGACGACGACGAUGGGGGCCAGUCCCGCUGUUGCGUAGUAGGUAAAGUACGUUGGUGUGCGGAAGGUGACGCGUGUUCGCGAAGGGCUCGUCCGAGGAAACGGCAUGAUGAUCAGCGACACCGGUUCACCCCUGCACGCGUGGCGCACGGCCGUGAUCGUCACUGGCGAACUUAGAACUAAGUGUAUCAGCAGUGACAAUGCGUUGUGAUCUUAGUUGUCGUUGUACGAAAAAGUUGAGGCCGCCGUCGUCGCCGCCACCGCCGACCCCGUCGCCGACGUCGCCGUCGUCGUCGCCGUCGUCGUCGUCGUCGCCGUCGCCGUCGUCGCCGUCACCGGGCGUGCGUUGUCGUUGCUCGUCCUGAUAUUUCGCACCGGUAUCCCGACACGGUCCCCCGUGGGAUGGCAGCGGCCCUAAAGAAAAAUCACUCACGCAGAAGAUUGGCCGCCCUCACAUUCCUGUCCAACAUCUCCCUCGACGGCAGCCACCGGGACACCAAGUUCGCCGUCCUGUCACGCGGCGGACCGUGUCAGGCGCGCAGGCUUAGCGAUGGCCAGGCGGAACAGCAGGCGGUGCUGGAGGCGUGCCGGAGCGCCGGCCCCGAGGCCUCCGCCGAGGAGGCGCUAGACGGCUGCCCCACGGAGGACGCGCACGACCACCCGCUCAACGAGACGAUAGAGCAGGACAGCUCGCCGCAGCCGGCGCACAAGGGCGCCGACCGUAACUCCUUCAGCUCCGACUCGGACGGGCUACUCACCCCCGCCAAGGCAGCGGUCACCAUGUUCUUGGAGCAGGAGAGAAAUCACCUGCAGUUCCCUUGCGGCAUGCACAGUUCGUUUAGAGAACGAACGGGGACUACCGGAAGCGACUAUUCUUUACCGGAAAGACGUGUGGGCUCUCUACAAUAUAAGAAGCGCAUAAGUCACCAAACGUCUACGCUUUCGGAAGAUAUUAAGCAUCAAUACAAUAGUAGCAACGAAAGCAUUGGCUCCGUACAUUCAAAAGCACAAUCGUCCAAACCAAAGAUAAAGGCAGUGAACAAUAUGCAACCAGUUUCUACAAAUAGUAGCAUAAUACCAGAGAUUACGAAGGAAUUGAAGGAAUUGCGUUUGAUACAACGGCCUGUGAACGGCUGUAAAUUUGGAGACGAUAGAAUGGUUUUGGUAUCGAACCAACAUGUGCCAUUUGUAAUAUUUUCUGCUAUCUCAUACAAUAAAGGACAACGUUCCAGUUGGUCGGAAUUACGUAAAGAUACAUGUCGAAGGAAAAAUGUGUCAUCUCAAAGACCAUUAUCAGCAAUUAAUGACAGUAUUGAUCCAUUUGGAUUGCUGGGUAUAGAACAUGCCAAGGACGGCCAAGAAAUAUCUUACGGCCAACUGCUUGUACCAUCUCGGCAAUUUCAAAGGGACAAAAAACUGAAUCUAAAUGAGAACGAACCUAUGGAACUUACGCAUUUUAUACCCAAUAAACAUCACGUGGUACAAAGGACAAAAACAAUUACUUGGAAUGUGGAUCACAAAAAAUGGUGUCUUUCCUAUGAUACGGCUACAAAUCGUGCUCAUUAUAUAACUUCCGAGUCUCCACCAUUGUCUUUCAGUGAUUCCAAAGUUUAUGAAUGGGAUGAACAAUCUGCCCAAUAUAAUCCAAAUUUAUUGGAUGAUCCAGAACUUAUCGCUGGAAAACAUAGAACGUUACUAACAUUUACAUCAUAUAUGGCAUCUGUUAUUGAUUAUGUAAGACCUUCAGAUUUGAAGAAAGAAUUAAAUGAUAAAUUUAAAGAAAAGUUUCCGCAUAUUCAACUUACUCUCAGUAAGCUUCGCAGCUUGAAACGAGAAAUGAGAAAAAUAGCUAAAUUAGAAUAUGGUAUUGAUUUACUCACUGUUGCAAUGGCCUACGUAUAUUUUGAAAAACUUAUUCUUCGAAAUAUCGUGACGAAGCAGACACGGAAGUUAUGUGCUGGUGCUUGCUUACUUCUCGCAGCAAAAUUCAACGACGUGAAAGGCGAUAUUCUUAAAGCCCUCAUCGAGAGAAUUGAGGGUGUAUUCCGAUUAAAUCGCAAGGACUUAAUUACAUCUGAGUUUGCCGUAUUGGUAGCUUUAGAAUUUGGUUUGCAUUUGCCAACAUGGGAAAUAUUUCCCCAUUAUCAGCGAUUGAUUUAUGAAUCCUGACAUCCUUUCGUAUCAUUCUUUUCGCGCAAUUUCAAAACCUCUCUAUGAGAAAAUCUUCGAGCAGUAUAGCAUAUCCAUAAUGAAUUAUCUUACCCUCUGAGAGCUAUAUAAUUAAUCUUCAAAGCAUUACAUUUAUGUAUCACAUACUUUUUUCCGACUUAAUUCAGUUUUAUAUAUAUAUAUGAUUUAUUAUAAAGGACCGUAAGAAGUAAUUGUGAUUGAAAAAUAAUGGAAAAAUUAAGUUUUUUUUUCAAUUAUAAUAAUUUCUUUUGCAAGUUACCAAUGUAGUAGUUGCUGCAUGCUGUGAAUUUUAUUAUUUGAAUAAGUUUAAUUAUCUGUUUGGAUAUUAGUAAAUAGAUGAUUACAAGAAAUUAUGUUUACUACAUACACUACCACAUUAUUAAAAUAUUUCUUUUCUAAGUUGUAAAUAUUAGUUAUGAAAAUUUGUUAAAUAUACUCAAAUUGUCUUAUGAGAAAUAUACUAGCAGUUUGGUGAU